AUGAGUUGGAAGCCAGCAAAAGGGCCUGGCCUUGUCCAACAAGUCCUCAAGAGCUUACCCUAUACAUCACCUGCUCCGAACUACGAUGAAAAACGAAGUUCGAAGCCCUCCUCCAGGUUAUCGUUCUUCCGUCGACGAAUACGAUUAAAAGGCAAUUCAUCAAUUUCCGUGCCACUGGGAUUUGUACUUUUGUUUCCAAGCAUUGUUGUAAUAUUAAUCAUCAUUCUCAUAAUUCGACAUCCAUCGUCGUCCGGACGUAUACUCGUGCCCGCGGGCACGCCCCCCUCCAUUAGACGGAUAAGCGAAAAGCAUGACCGCGUCUUUGCAACCGGAUGUCUCGAUCCAGAAGUGCAGAAUAAAGGGCCUCGUGCCAACGCAGCUUUCGUUGUGCUAGCUCGCAACAAGGAAUUGGAUGGUGUCAUUCAGUCGAUCAAGAGCGUAGAGCGCCAUUUUAACCGCUGGUUCAAUUAUCCAUACGUGUUCCUUAACGAUGGAGACUUCGAGCAAGAGUUCAAAGACACGGUCACCAACUACACGAGUUCGCCAGUCGAGUUUGGGAAGAUCAAUGCGACCAUGUGGGGAUACCCCGAUUGGUAG